AUGGAACAGAAGGGGAUCCAGUUACUCUCAGUCAUCCUCAUUUUAGGGCUCAGUGCACUCACUGAAGGAGCAGAAGUCCCAGCUCCAUGCCGAUGUAAUAUGGAUCCAAAAACCAGAGCGAACUGCGGGCCUCCAGGAAUCACUGCUGAGCAAUGCGAGAAUGCAGGAUGCUGCUUCAGUUCAGAAGUUCCUGGCGUCCCCUGGUGCUUCGCUCCUCUCCCAAAGAAAUAUAAAGAGGUCUGUCCAGCAGAGGUAAAACUCAGACAGAACUGUGGUUACCCCGGCAUCCCUGCUGAAGAAUGUGAGGCAAGAGGAUGUUGUUUUGAGUCAAACCCCCCUGCUGUCCCCUGGUGCUUUUUUCCUCAUAAGGUGGAAGAAGAACUGCAAACAACAAUGGAACACAAGGGGUGCUGGUUACUGGCAAUUGUCCUUAUUUUAGGGCUCAGCAGCUUGGCUAAUGGAUACAUACAACUAUCUCCGGAGCAAUGUGCACAGCAGCCAUCUGCCCGAAGGAACUGUGGCUAUCCGUACAUCAGUGCUGAGACAUGCAACAACAGAGGGUGCUGUUUUGAUGACAGUAUCGUUGGUACCAUCUGGUGCUUCUUUCCUAGGACAGAGGAAGAAUGGAAAUUCUAA